AUGAUGGGUGACGAGUAUUUAAUGGUUGAUUUACAAAAACAAAGUGAUGAUGAGAUAGAGAAAAAACAGCAUCUUGGUAUGAUGGAGUAUAUGCUCAAACAUAUCAAAGCUCGUGAUAUCUUAAAUCUAUGGCGAAGUCUACUUGAGAAGUUUGAAAGUAGCAUCGAAAUAGAUAAGGAUAAUGGCUACAUUUACAUUAAGUGGUUAUUGUGGUAUAGUGACGCUAAGGUAUCUGAAGAUAAACAAGUAGAGCUAGCAACGAUCAUAGCAAAAUACCUAAAUAAAGCGGAUCAAGAGGGACUGAUGAGAACUAUUGCUGAUAAAUAUAUUGAUGAGGGCGUACGAAAGGGUAUGAUCCAAGGCAUGCAGAUUGGUAGAAACGAAGGCAUGCAGAUUGGGGAAGCUAAAGGUUUACAGAUUGGUAGAAAUGAAGGAAAAUAUGAAGUAGCGCAUUAUAUGCUUACUGCUGGAUCUGAUGCUGACUUUAUCGCUAAAGUCACCGGUCUUUCAAUUGAUGAAAUAAAUAAACUAAAAAACAGCUAG